AUGUCUUCUGGUGAUAAUGAUAACAAUAGUAAUAAUGGUACUAACAAUGCACAAUUAAUUCCCGAUAAAUCAACAUCAUUCUUCUUACGAAGCUCCACGUCAUUUAUUCUUGCUGGUACAAUUACAAUAUUAAUUGUAUUUCUAUUAUUUUCAAUAUUUCUUUUAUGUUUGUUCAAAAGAAAGUCAAAAAUUAGCGAAACAAAACAUCAUUUAUUGACACAGGAAAAUGAAAACAUACCAAAUUCUAAGUUAUACAAAGAUGAAUUACAAAGAACCAUUGAAAAUGGUACAGUUAAUAAAUCAAAGUUAAAAGAAACAACUGUUAUGACGACUAAUGAAAUACCUAUUCAGCUUAGACACUACUAUUACGAUAAUUUUGAUGAUAUCCCAUUUAUCGAUGAAUCACGGCCGACAAGUGUUAUCGAUAUAAACAGAGAUACACCCUUUGAUUAUGCAUUAACUAAAGUCUAA